ACUAGUCUGGGGUAAGCGUUCUCUCGCAAAUUGACAAAAGACAAUAUUUCAGUAGGAGGUACAUAUUUCUUUUGAUAAAUCGAAAAUGUUCGUGAAAAUGCGAGCUGCGUUUGCGACCCACCCAGCCAUAAGGGAUGCGCGACUGAGCGGCGCAGACGCGAUUGACAAACGAAGCUAAAAAACAAGACAUCAGUAUCGAGUAACAGGCUGUGAAAAGCACACGAGGUCCUUUUCUACUAUUGUUUUCUUGUUUUUAAAACCUGUUACCAAAUUAAAGAGAAUCAAGAUGGACGUGGCGUUGAAAAGACUGCGCUUAACAUCCAAAGGUGUAGUUACUUUGGCAAUUUCAUUAAUAGCGUUGCAACAAGUGGCUGGCGGUGAAGUUCCCAGGGGCUCUAGGAAAAACAACUGUGAGCUUCCGUAUCCUAAACAUAAGGAAUUUGCUAUCAGCCGGAAUACAUUUCUCGAAAAUGAUAUACGUCUGAUGUACCCUAGCAGUUAUGAAAAGAGGUAUAACCCUACAUAUUCUGGUCCAAGCAUUAGCCGUCCUUCGUCAUUAAAUAGAAAUGUGUACCGAAAAGGAUGUAUCCGUCGUAAUGGUGCUUGUGAUAAUCGUCCUAGUGACUGUUGUUUUAGUAGUUCGUGUAGGUGCAAUUUGUGGGGGAGCAACUGCCGCUGUCAACGCAUGGGACUCUUUCAAAAGUGGGGAUAGAUCAGCCUGCCGUAAUCAUACACGUUUAAAUAUGAGCAAAUUUAUAGAUAAAUACAUAUAUACACCAUACAUAAAGUAAAUAUGAUGUGUAUAAUUUUAACCAAUUAUAUUUCUUCAUACAUUUAGCCAUAUUUACCAACUGCUUGUCAAUUAAAUAAACUAAACCGCA